CCUCUCCGCCCCCGGGAGCCCGGAUGUCUGCCGCCAUCACCGGCCCAGUCGGUGUGGGAGUCGGUUCCGCCAUGGGUUAUUUGCUCUCGCUGUCUCUGUUGCUGCUGCUCGCCUUUCCGCUCAGCCUGGUGCAGCGGGGCCCCGGUGCAGGGCUGUCUUUAGUUGCUGCAGAUGACCCAACAGAGGAUGAAGAAGGUGUAGAUGAUUCUGUAGUAGAGGAUGAAGAUGAUGAAGCAGAGAUAGAGGAGGAUGAUGCAACGGACAUUAUGGAAGAUGAAAAGGAAGAGGAAGAAGAAGAUGAUGACUCGACGUUUGGGGAACCAAAAGCUUCUCCCAAUGCUGACACAACUAUCUUGUUUGUGAAGGGAGAAGAUUUCCCAGCUAACAACAUUGUGAAAUUCUUGGUUGGAUUUACAAACAAGGGCAAUGAAGAAUUUGUUGUAGAAUCUUUGGACGCUUCAUUCCGUUAUCCUCAAGACUAUCAGUUCUACAUUCAGAAUUUCACAGCAUUACAGCUGAAUACAUUGGUGCAGUCCCAACGUCAAGCAACAUUUGAGUAUUCAUUUAUCCCUGCUGAGCCAAUGGGAGGUCGGCCAUUUGGAUUAGUCAUCAACCUCAACUACAAGGAUGCCAGUGGCAAUAUUUACCGUGAUGCUGUGUUCAACCAGACUGUUACAAUAACUGAGCGAGAGGAUGGUCUAGAUGGAGAAACAAUAUUUUUAUAUAUGUUCCUAAUUGGCCUUGGGUUACUUGUUGUGGUUGGUAUCCACCAACUCCUGGAAUCAAGAAAAAGAAGACGGCCAACUUCCAAAGUAGAGAUGGGUACAUCUAACCACAACAAUGUAGACAUGAGCUGGAUUCCUCAGGAAACCCUGAACCAGAUCAACAAAACUUCACCAAGGAGAUCUCCCCGUAAGCGAGCGAAGAGGACCGUGGGUUCAGACGAGUAAUAGCUUCAGUUUUUAAUUUUCAGUGUUCAAUCCUGUCCACUUUAAUUUAGCAGUGGCAAUAAUGCUGAGAUGCCAUCUAAAAGCAUUAAAAAGAAUUAAUGGACUAAGCUCUAGAAUGUGUAAGAAUGUUUGUUUUGGAAGAGCUACUCAACAAGCUGCACUUUGGGGUAGAGAGUUGCUAACUUUUGCCAUUUGAAUAUGGUUUGUAUACUUGGAGAAAUUUGCAGCUUAGUCUUCUAAUGUGAACAACUCUAAAGCAAAUUGUUUUUGGCCGAUGUAUGAUUCUAUAGAUCAUACGAAGUAUUGGAUUCUUACGGAGUUUUGAUUUUGUGUUCCUUUUGGUAUUGACUCAAAAGAAAUAGAUGAUUUUUUUUCUUUCAGUGCAGGACAUUUCAUCAUAUAAGCAUGUCAUUACUUAGCACAUGUGCAUAAUCAGCUUUUUUAAAUCCUGUUUCUGAUCACUUCAACUCUGGAAUGAUUGGUCUGAGCCAGUGUGUAUAGUCAAUAUGGUUUGAGUAAAAUAAAUAUUUGCACAGAUUUGAGGUCUUGCUCAGCAUCAUGGAAAUGUGUGAGAGCUCAUCUGUAUAUUUGGAACCUAAAUGAGAUUGCAGUUUUUGUUUUCUGGGGAUAUAGCAUUCAGA